CAGUCCAGGGCCCACAUUCCAAAGUGGCCUUUUGUGAUUUUGCCUCUUCAGGGAAUGGCAACUCCUCCCAGCAACCAGGUCCUUAGGAUGCCAGUCCUGAUGUCCUCAGAUCAUCUCUUCCCACUCAAGACUGGGAGAUAGCCAUCCUUGGGACCUGACCAAACCAUACACAAGGAACACAGAUGAGGAAUUUUGGCUGUGGCUGGCUGCUGAAAUCAAGUGCUGACAGAAGAUCCCAAAACAGCUGCAAUGUAAUCGGUCUGCUAUGGAGGUACCAUGCAGGAACACCAGGCAGGGAUGGAUCCAGGGAAAGCAAGUCUCUGUGCAGGGAAGCCCCAUGCCUGUGAACGUGUUCCUCGGGGUCCCCUAUGCUGCACCCCCUCUGGGAUCUCUGAGAUUUACAGGCCCACAACCUGCAUCACCCUGGGAUGAAUUGCGAGAAGCCACGACCUACCCUAACUUGUGUUUCCAGAACUCAGAGUGGCUGUUCUCAGACCAACGUAUUCUCAAGGUUCAUUACCCAAAAUUCAACGUGUCGGAAGAUUGCCUGUACCUUAAUAUCUACGUGCCAGCGCAUGCCGAUGUGGACUCCAAGCUCCCGGUCAUGGUGUGGUUCCCAGGGGGUGCCUUUGUGACUGGCUCAGCCUCCAUUUUCGAUGGGUCUGUCCUGGCUGCCUAUGAGGAUGUAGUGGUUGUGACCACCCAGUACCGGCUAGGAAUAUUUGGGUUCUUCAGCACACGGGACAAGUAUGCUCCAGGAAACUGGGCCUUCAAGGACCAAUUGGCUGCUUUAUCCUGGGUCCAGGAGAACAUCAAGUUCUUUGGUGGAGACCCUAAUUCCGUGACUAUCUUCGGAGAGUCAGCAGGAGCCAUAAGUGUUUCCAGCCUUGUUCUGUCUCCCAUGGCCAAUGGCUUAUUCCACAAAGCCAUCAUGGAGAGUGGAGUGGCCAUCAUCCCUUAUCUGAAGGCAUCUGAUGAUGAAUGGAAGGAGGAUUUGCAGAUGGUUGCACAGGUCUGUGGCUGCAACGCAUCAGACUCCUUGGCCCUGCUGAAGUGCCUGAGGGAAAAAUCCUCCGAGGAGUUGCUGCAUCUCAGUCAGAAAACAAAGUCUUUUACUCGAGUGGUUGAUGGUCUUUUCUUUCCUGAUGAGCCUCUGGAAUUAUUGACUCAAAAAGCAUUUAAAGCAAUUCCUUCUAUCAUCGGAGUCAAUAGUGAUGAGUGUGGCUUCGUCCUGCCCUUGACGGAGAUACCUGAGGUCCUUGGUGGUGCCAACAAGUCUCUUGCCCUGCACAUGAUACACACUCUCCUGCACAUCCCCAGAAAGAAUUUGUAUCUCGUGGCUAAUGAAUACUUCCAUGAUAAGCACUCCCUGGUUGAAAUCCGAGACAGUCUUCUGGACUUGCUUGGAGAUGUGUUCUUUGUGGUCCCUGGGCUGGUCACAGCUCGAUAUCACAGAGAUGCCGGGGCACCUGUCUACUUCUAUGAGUUUCAGCACCGGCCUCAGUGCUUUGAAGACACAAAGCCAGCUUUUGUCAAAGCUGAUCACGGCGAUGAAAUCCGCUUUGUCUUCGGUGGUGCCUUCCUGAAGGGUGACAUCGUCAUGUUUGAAGGAGCCACAGAGGAGGAGAAAUGGCUGAGCAGGAAGAUGAUGAAAUACUGGGCUAACUUUGCUCGGACUGGGGAUCCUAACAUGGAUGGCCUGCCUCUAUGGCCAGCCUAUAAUCUGAAUGAGCAGUACCUGAAGCUGGGUUUGAACAUGAGCCUUGGACAGGCACUAAAACAGCAGAGAGUGAAGUUUUGGACCAAUGUACUUCCCCUGAUAAUGUCUACUUCCAAGGCUCUCUUCAGUCCUCUUCCCUCCUUAAUCUUCAUUUCUCUGUUCUUGUCUUUCUUUUUCUCUUUCACUCCUUGAGAACUUACCUUUUUGUGGUUUGAAUUUUCCUUUCCUUCCUUUUGCGAUUUCUCCCACAAUCAUUAGCCUCAGUUUAGCUGCUUUCCACGGGGCUCUUUGUAAAAUAAGCUGCUUUAGCUGAUGUUCUAUGGAAUUAGGGAUGAUCCUUACAGAGUCCUUUUCAAUACCAAAAAAUACAAUUUGUCUUGAAAGUUAACAAGAUUUCUUCAGUAAAUCUAGAGGAGGGCUGGCCUAUUCACUGGCAUAAUAAUGAUCUUGUUACUCAUAUGAAAUAAAAGCAGAAUGUAAAAUAUACACAGGGAACAAAAUUUAAUUCUGUGCUAACAACUAUCCCCUCCCCAGCAUCCAUGAUGAAGUAGGCUCUUUAUUAGAGAAGGUGUUUGUUACCUAAAACAUAAAUCUCCAACUCUGACCUGGGGGGAAGGGGCAUUGACCUCAGUGUUGGCCUCUCAGUAUGGACAUCCUGGAUAUUGCUGGGUUUGAGCUGGGUGUCUUCUCUGGCUCAGCAAGACAGGUGGUGAGGGGGUCAGGAGUGGGGGGGAGCAGGGUACAUGCUGAAGAAACCAGACAUUAUCCAAAGUCAAUAAUCUAGUAGUCAAACACCAGGAAGCAACAGUUAGAUCAGGGACACCAAAGAGAAAAGGGGUUCCUUGAUGAGAUCGAAACUACUUCGUCACUCAACAAACCUUCACUGGGCACCUGAAAUGUGCCAGGCCAGCCCCAGUGGGAUAGGGGUGAACAAAACAUGGACUCCACCAAACAGUGGGCAAACAGAUGCUCAACAAACAUGCUCCCAAGUGAAUAUCUUAUGAUAUAAAUUUGAUAAGUGCUACUCAGGAAAAGUAAGGUGCUUUAAGAAUGUGUAACAGAGGGGAGUUCAUUUAGUUUGAAGUCUUAGGAAGUUCUCUCUGAAGAGACGGCAUUUAUAUUAAGAGAGGACACAUUAAAGUUGGCUGCAUGGUAGGUAGGGAGAGUGUUGUACAUAACAUUAUUCAAAGGGUUUUUUUUUUUUUUUUUACUUCUUAUAUCCAUAUAAUCCAUAUCAGAUCCAGAUAACUCACAAGGGUGAUUAAUUUCACUUUGUGACUGCUUCAAGAGAUGAUAAGAACUUAGUUCACCUGGAUGAGAGGUCUCCAACUCAUAACCUGAAUCUAGCCACAGGAAGUAUUUUGCUUAG